UCUCAUAGUUGUAGAGACAAUGGCUCGAUUAAGUCAUAUUGCGUUGGUCAUUACUGUGAAUGUACUCGUGCUGAUGUGUAUUCUUGCUGAAGAAGAGCGCUAUACUGAUAAGUACGAUGAUGUCGACUAUCAUGCUGCUCUCAAAAAUAAGACUUUGCGAGACGAAUAUUACAAUUGCUUUAUGGAAAUAGCGCCAUGUCAGUCACCAAGACAGACAGCGUUAACAGGGAUGUUCAGCGAAGCAUAUCAAACCAAAUGUAAGAAAUGUACUGAAAAACAAAAAGAAAUGUUUUCAACAAUUAUUGAUUGGUACAAGAAGAAUGAGCCCGAUAAAUGGCAACUAGUAGUUGCGAAGACUGUAGAAGAUAUGAAAAAGAAAGCUACUCAAUAAUUGCCGGCAAAAUAGAUGGACAAUGAAUCUUCCGUGUGCUGUAUUCAAAUAUAAUUAACGUAAAUGUGAAUGUAAUUGAUAUGAACAAAUGAUAUGAUAACUUAUAAUAAAGUUGUAACGUAUUUACUCAAAAUAAUAUCUGUAAAAAUCUAGUGGGAUUAAGGAACAUUUUGUAUAAAUUAUGUA